GCAAAUUCAAAAUGAAACUGCUGCUGUGUGUUCUAGCCCUUCUUGGUAUCACCUUGGCCGCUCCAAAUACCCUGUUGGGGUUCUCAAGUGGCCGCAUCUUCGGUGGUAGCGACGCAGUCUGGGGAGAAUUCCCGUCCAUAGUAUCCUUGCAGUACUGCUUACUGGGAAUCUGCCAACAUUCCUGCGGGGCCACUAUAUUGUCGUCUAGAUGGCUGCUCACCGCUGCUCACUGCUUCACGGAGUUGCCGGCUAUUGGUAGCCUCUCUGUUUUGGCUGGUAUCCUCAACCAGGACGACGCCAACCCGGAAAGGCAAUUCGUUUCUAUUAAUAAAUACAUUCUUCAUCCAGACUACGAAGGUGGCGUCAAUCCCCAUGACAUCGCACUCAUAAGGCUGUCGUCUGCUCUGAUCCUAAGCUCCGUUGUACAACCUUCGAGGCUUCCCCGACAGGAUUCCGAACCAGCAGGCAGGGCGUUUACAGCAGGCUGGGGUUCUUAUGGAGGAAUCAUCCUACCGCAGAUGCCCAACACUCUUCAGAGAGUUAAUGUUCCUAUAGUGCCCAUUGAAGUAUGCGAUGAAUCUCUGACCAGGAUCUUACAGAGAGAACCUCAUCCACUCCACUUUGAAGGAAACGUCUGCACAGGACCUCUGACUGAACCAAUUUCGGUUUGCAGCGGAGACUCGGGGGGGCCGCUUUUACAAGACGGAGAAGUCAUAGGCGUCGUUUCGUGGGGUAUCGUACCGUGUGGUAAUUCCCAAGCACCUUCCGUGUUUGUGAAGGUCAGCCACUACGUCGAUUGGAUUUCAGCAAACGUCGAUGAACCUUUAUUGUUGAAUUGAGUAAUCAGAAAAUAAAAAUGAUUAUUAAAAUA